GUCAACCGAAACAAAGAAAUGAAUAACCAAAGGCGUUCCUUUAAAUCCAGCUUGAAUAUGAGGCACCGCUUUUUAAAAAAAAAAUAAGACAAAUGAGAAGAAAGUGGCUGACAAAAGGAAAUUGAAAUGUUUUUCGGCGGGGGGAGGAGACGUUUUUUUUUUCGGCGACAUUUCAAACGUCAACCUGACGAGAGCUCGUUCCGCCUCACUGGCUCCUUGCAUCAAAUGAGCUCAAUGAUGAUGACCGCCGACAGAAGCAUGAAAAGGGGAAAGUUGAAGCGCCUCUUUGCCGAAUCAUUUCCUCAACAAAUUCAAAAACAGCCUUCAGAAUGAAAAGAGCUGUUGCAUGCCGGCUGCAUUGGUGGAAAGUUCAACGUGGAGUCGCUCCCGAUUGGCUGCCGCGGCGUGCGUGUGCCCGUGUGUGUUUAGCGCAAGUGGGGGGGAUAAAGACGCGCAUCCCGGCCGAGCGCAAAAGGAAAAGUGAACUCUCGCCCGCAUCAUGCCCGGCAAGGACGGCGCCGCGCUUUCGGACGCGGUAAUGAAGCAGCAGAGCCCCGCGGGGCACCGCCGCCGCGGUUUCGGCAUCCAGGAGCUCCUCGGCCUCAACAAGGAGCCUCCGGCGUCGUCGCCGCCGCCGCAUCGGCCGCAGCCGCCGCCGCUGCUGCUAUCGUCCGCCGCCGCCGCCCUGGAGGCGCUGCCCCACCGGGGCCACGUCCUGGCCGCCCGCUCGGCCCUCGGAGGCGGCGGCCUGGGCGGGCUCGUGGGCGGCCUGGGCGCCGGCCUGCUGGGCCCCGAGGGCGCGCACUCCUUCUACCGCCAGCCCGCCUUCCUGGAGGUUCUGUCCGAGGCGCACAAUGUGCACCUGCAGCCGCUGCGCGGGGCCAACGCGCGCAUGCACGACGUGCACAACUCGGCCAGCUCGGAUUCCGAUGACGCGAGUCUUCCCUCCCGUGAUAAGUUCUCCAAAUCUUCCUUGAGCCAAAGCAAGAAAAGAAAGAAAAGACGACACAGAACCAUUUUCACGUCUUAUCAGCUGGAGGAGCUGGAGAAAGCCUUCAAUGAGGCCCACUAUCCGGACGUGUACGCCAGAGAAUUGCUGUCCGUGAAGACGGAGCUGCCAGAGGACAGGAUACAGGUGUGGUUCCAGAACCGGCGGGCCAAGUGGCGGAAGCGCGAGAAGUGCUGGGGCCGCAGCAGCGUGAUGGCCGAAUACGGCCUGUACGGCGCCAUGGUGCGGCACUGCAUCCCGCUCCCCGAGUCCAUUCUCAAGUCGGCCCGGGAGGGCGUCGCCGACUCGGACGCGCCCUGGCUACUGGGUGAGAGUCGGGAGGGAGGCCGUCCGUUUUCGGCAAGUGAGAAAAUGCCGCAGACAAAACGAGGCCUUCUGUCCUUCAGGUAUGCACAAGAAGUCCGCGGAGACGCCGGACGCGGAGCAAAGGGGUGGCGGCGCGACGCCGCCGUUUUCUCGUGCGGCGGCGGCCAGGCCCCAGGAAAAGGAACGGACGGACGGCGGCGAGGACGAACUGCGGGUUCACAGUAUCGCCGUUCUGCGAGCCAAGGCGCAGGAGCACGGCGCCAAGAUGCUCGACACGCGCCGGCGCAAGGACGGAGCCCGGCGCGGCCCGGCUGAGGACCGGACGGACCACGCAGAAGGUUUCGGGGGAACGUGACAAACACGGCUGGCG